AUGACCUUACCAGUGUCAGAAUAUCGAGGUGACUUAGACAAGAGUGACCUAGCUUACACCGGUACCGAACCUAUCUCCAUCCCACCUCCAUCCCACCUUCAACCCACCACCAAUCCACCUCCACCUUCCUCAGCCCCACCUCCAUCCUACCUCCAUCUACCCUCCAACCCACCUCCGCCCCACCUCAAUCCACCACCUACCUCAACCCACUUCCACCUACAUCCAGCCCACCUCCCACCUCCAAUCUACCUCCGCCCCACCUUCAAUCCACCACCUACCUCAACCCACCUCCAUUUACAUCCGCCCCACCUCCAACCCACCUCCAACCCACCUCCAGCCCACCACCUACCUCAACCCACUUCCACCUACAUCCAGCCCACCUCACCCACCUCCAAACUACCUCCGCCCACCUUCAAUCCACCACCUACCUCAACCCCUCCAACCUACAUCCCCCACCUCUAA